CCCCAGUCCCCCCCAAUCUAUCACUAUGCGAUUUAACGCGACCCCCCGACUCUCCCAGGCAGGGGGACCCCUUUACCCUGAUGCCCAGGAGCUGCUGUUCCCCAGUAACCUGUCCAACGUUUCGGACCCCCUGCCCAAGCCGAUCAUGUCGGAGGACGAGCUGGACGUGAACACCGACAUUUACUCCAAAUCCCUGGUGACCGUUAUUUACCUGUCGCUGUUCCUGGUCGGUUCCACCGGCAACUCCAUCACCGCCUACACCCUGGUGCGGAAGAAGUCGCUGCAGAACCUGCAGAGCACAGUGCACUACCACCUGGCGAGUCUGGCGCUGUCCGACCUGCUCAUCCUGCUGCUCAGCAUGCCGAUCGAAUUGUACAACUUCAUCUGGGUGCAUCACCCCUGGGCCUUCGGCAACUCGGUGUGUAAGGGCUACUACUUCCUGCGGGACGCCUGCACCUACGCCACCGCGCUGAAUAUCGCCAGCCUUAGCGCCGAGCGCUACUUAGCGAUGUGCCACCCAUUCAAGGCCAAGAGCAUCAUGUCCCGGAGCAGAACCAAGAAACUCAUCAGCUUCAUCUGGGUCGCAUCGCUGCUCCUGGCCGCCCCCAUGAUCUUCACUAUGGGGCAGAUAUACGGGCUGGGCACCGAGCACCCCAAUAACCUCAUUUGCACCAGGAUCGUGGAGAUGUCCACCUUCAAGACUGUCAUCCAGGUAACCAAUGUUUGCACCCAAUUUCUUUCUGUGGGGCGGGGCAACAUCUGUAUCAUUGUCAGCACAGCCAUAAUCAUUGCUCUUUUUUGUUUCCCCCCAUUUAUUCCCUCUUUCCCCCCUUUCCCAGGAGUGGUGGUGAUCGCCUUCGUGGUGUGCUGGUUGCCGUACCACGUGCGCCGCCUGAUGUUCUGUUACGUUCCGGAAGAGAUGUGGUCGGAUGAACUCAAUGAUUUCUACCAUUACUUCUACAUGUUGACCAACGUGCUGUUCUACGUUAGCUCUACCGUCAAUCCCAUCCUCUACAACCUGGUGUCUGCCAAUUUCCGUCAGAUCUUCGUCUCUACGCUCAGUUUUUUAUGCCCACCCUGGAAAAGGAAGAAGAAGCGACCCGCCUUCACCCGCAAAUCCAACAGCAUCUCCAGCACCAACCACACCUUCUCCACCCAGAUCACCAGGGAGACCCCCUACUGAGGUCCCUUAAAGAUGAAAGCCAACAGGCAGCGCUACACGUUGUCUUAAGUCCACCAUACCCAGGUCACCAGGAAGACUUCCAUACUACUAUUCCACAAGGCUUGUAAUCAACAAAGUCUUAUUGUUUUCAAACCACUUCACCAAGAUCUUAGAUACCUCCAAACAGAGGUUUCACAAGGAUAAUGAUCAACAGGCAAAGUUUUUUUUUAUCUUCUAACCUAUCCACCAAGGUCUCUUUGGAGACCUUCAUACUAAGGAUCCACAAGGAUGGUGAUCAACAGACAAAGUCCUAUUAUGUUCUUAUGAUUCUACCAAGGUCACUUUGGAGGCUCAUACUAAGGUUCCACAAGGAUAUUGAUCAAUAGACAAAGUCCUAUUGUCUAACCACUCCACCAAAGUCUCUUUGGAGACUUUAUUCUAAGGUUCCACAAGGAUGGUGAUCAACAGACCUAUUAUGUUCUUACCAUUCCACCAAGGUCACUUUGGAGACCCAUACUAAGGUUCCACAAGGAUUUGAUCAAUAGGCAAAGUCCUAUUGUCUAACCGCUCCAUCAAGGUCUCUUUGGAGACCUUCAUUUUAAGGUUCCACAGGGCUAUUGGUCAACAGGCAAAUUUCUGUUGUUGUCAAACCAUCCCAACCAUCAAGGGUUAUACUCAAAGUCAACAUCCAUAUUGUAUCUACUGCUGUAUAUAGCCAGAAUGUUUAUGAGGGCAUGAAGGAUCUCUGUCAUGUAAAUCCCAUGGUUGUUCAUGUUUUUUUGAGAUUUCAUGGCAGGAAAUGAUUUCAUUUCUAGUAGAUAUUGCACCAGUUUAUGGCGCCGCCCCUUUGUUGAAAAGGAACGUUGGCUGAUACUAUUUAUUAUUAUGGAUUUGUUUUGCUACUGAAAAGACAAACAAGGAAAAAUCCACUUAAAAUUCCAGAAAGCAACAGUGGCUUCGAUCUAUAGAACAUUGUUCUUCUCCGAGGUUGCGUUCAACAUUGACGAAAAUCUGAAAGACUAUAAAAAUGUCAAUAUGUUGUGAUACAGAGAUUAGUGGAAACACCGUCUUCUUCCACCCGGGACUAUUUGGACAACCAUUGUGACAUUGAUUAGCAAGGGUUCCUCAGCCGUGAAAUAACCCAUUUGUUGCCGUAACGCCGAUCCCUUGGGAGGGACUUGCCAUAAAGGGGGUCAUUGAUAGUAAUUGCCUGUGAUUGGAAAUGACUUCCACGUCUGGUGUCGGAACGACGAAGCCAAUGAGGAGGAUCGUUCAUCUGACUUGAGACUAAAGGACACUUUUUAUCAUU